CAAACGCAACACGUUCAUUUUUAGGCUUCUAAACUUUCUUCUCCCACUUUAAAAAUUGACAUUUCGUCUCCCUCAUCUUUUCACUUCCAUCCUUCCUUUCUUCAGGAACUUGUAAUCAUGAGUGGUUUACAGGCUCAAGAUUUCCCUACCACUAGUAUAAGACUAACCUCAAAAGCACAGAAAGAACAAGAAACACAAAAUGCGGUAACGUCAUCUGAAACCACAAAGCCAAAGAAGAAAAUAUGUUGUGCGUGCCCCGACACUAAAAAGCUGAGGGAUGAAUGCAUUGUGGAGCAUGGUGAAUCAGCUUGCUCGAAAUGGAUUGAAGCUCAUCGUCUAUGUCUUCGUUCUGAGGGUUUUAAUGUAUGAUUGUUGGAUGCAAGGAUAUCAAUUAGAAGGAGCAGAUUUUAAACUUUUGGUUUCUUUGAUUUUCCUGAACUAGGCCAUGGUUAUUGCUAGUCGAGAAUAAAAGAAUUCUGAUUAAUAUUACAUUGUUGAGUUACCGAGGUUGAUCCUUGUGUUAAAAUACUUUUGUUGUUCUGAUAUCUUAAUAAUAAACACAGAUUUUCGAUUUGUUAGUAUCUGAAAUGAUCUUUGGUA